GGCGGCGGGAGCGCGCUUUCCGUGUCUGGUUAGUGGACUGACAGCCAGCUGUGCGGCUACAACGACAACAACAACCUCUUGGAUUUGCUACAUACAACUAGAUUAGUGUCGGUCUGCUACUGAUCAUAAUCGUUCACUGUAGCUAGUUUCUGCCUUGAAUACUUGACAGCAGGCAGAUUUAACCUGUAUCGACGGCUGUUUCCGUGCUAACUAGCUAGAAGAGCGUCCCUCCAAUAUGAAUCCGUUGUGUAGCAGAUGUCAUAAAGUCGUUUACCCCGUGGAAAAAUUGAAUUGUCUGGACAAGUACUGGCAUAAAGCAUGCUUCAGCUGCGAGGUCUGCAAAAUGACUCUAAACAUGAAGAAUUACAAAGGCUUCGAGAAGAGACCAUACUGCAAUGCACACUACCCCAAGACAAACUUCACGGCUGUGGUUGACACUCCAGAGAACCUCCGCCUCAAACAGCAGACUGAGAUACAGAGCCAGGUUCGCUACAAGGAGGAUUUUGAGAAGAAUAAAGGGAAAGGUUUCAGUGUGGUCACAGAUACACCAGAAAUGAAGAGAAUCAAGAAAACGCAGGACCAAGUCAGCAAUAUUAAGUACCAUGAGGAGUUUGAGAAGAGGAAGAUGGGAGGAGAGGUCCCACAUCAGCAGCCGCCUAACCCCUCUUCAGCAGCCUACCAGUCCUCUGCAGCUACUCAGAACUACCACUAUGAUCCUACUCCUGAACCAGUGCGCCAGGCGGCCGCUGCUCCACCUCCUAGCGCUGGGAAGCGGUACAGAGCAGUGUAUGACUACUCUGCUGCUGAUGACGAUGAGGUGUCCUUCAUGGAUGGCGACGUAAUCGUAGACGUUCAGCAGAUCGAUGAAGGCUGGAUGUACGGCCGCGUGGAGCGCACGGGCCAGCAGGGCAUGCUGCCUGCCAACUAUGUCGAGGCCAUCUGAGCGAGAGGGAAAGAAACGAGGGAGAGAAAAAAGAGGAGGAGGUAGAGAAAGGGAGGGAAAGAAGGAAAGGAAAAGCCCAGUGCCAUCUCAUCUUAUUGCCGCUUUCUCUUGAUUUUAUUCUUGUUCCCUAAUCUGUCCUGUUAAAGCCCAUCCCCCUCUUCCCCUCUCCUUUUUGCGUCCCUGCUCUGCUCUUACCGUUCAGCUCUCCAACCACAGACCCUCUUUCUAUCUGUCUGUCUGUCCUCCUCUGUUUGUCAGUCUGCCUGCCUGCCUCUUUCUGUCUGUGUGUGCUGAAGUCUGUCUCUGUUUGGAUGUCCAUCAUCCUCCUUAUCUUUUCCCCAAUCCUGGCGUCACUCUCGUGUUGUCACAAGUGGAAAUUGAAAGUCUUAAAAGAUAAACUCACAGUUCAUUGCAGUAUGUCAGGGGUCAUGCCGUGUCACGCAGCGCCAUCUUAGCUAUUGCACUUAACAAUCCUGACUCAAGGUAAUGCAAAAUGAUGCAUUGAAAAAAUAUAUAAAACCUUUUUUUCCCCAAGAAGUCAGUGAACUCAUGGUUGCCAUGAUUGCAGUGGACAGUAACAGACAUUAUUCAGAGGAAGAAGUACCUUUAUAUUAUGUUGGGCAUGGCAUUUUCAUCAAUUUAUUCUUUUCUGUCAUUCAUUUUGCAGCUUUAUCUUGGCCAGACUGGAAACACAGUGUAAAAUCUCAGUCUUAUCAAAAAUAAGCUUGAAUAUUUUGACUUGUGUACAUUCCUUUAACCUCUAAACCUGUCGCUGUUGCAUCAAUCAGCCACUUAUCAGUCUUAAAUAAGAGGUUUUUAAUAUAUUUAUAGUUGCGACACAUCUCGCCUGGUGUGUUCACCCUUGUUCAGCACUGCAUUGUGGGUAUUGUUGUGAAACUGGAAUUGUAGCCUAACUGAAGAGCACCUCCUGUCGUUGCCUCACUCGGUAGUUCAGUACAGGAGGGAUCAGGGACAAGUUAGGGGACAUUAUCAGUCCAUCUCUUACAGCCACACUGGACACAUCACCUCAGUGUGGAGAUACUGUAAUAUAUAUACCCUUAUUCCUGUUUUUUGCCGCCUGGAUGCCUUCAGUCCUGAGAGAAACACAGUAAGGUUUAUGGUUAAAUCUUUUGGAGAUAGAAAAUGGGAACAAUUCCUUCCCCGUUACUUAACUACCAUAAGAUUAAUCCCAUUUAUAAUAGAGAAGGCCAAGCACAACUAUAUAUUGUAUUUUUUUUUUAAUGAUUCCACACUUUGUGAUUAUACAUUCCUGUCUUUUUCCACGUGGGUGAAAUUGUUCCUUUUCUGUGGUGUAUGUUUCUGUUGUUAUUUCAUGCUGUUUUAUUCCAUUGCCUUUCUUAUUGUAUUCUCAAGAAAAAGUUAUUAUAUCAAAAAUACCAGCAACUCAGUUUAUGAACCAAAACAGAAGAGUUAAUCUGGACUUGUUAAGCAGUCACAGUAUUAGACUUUCAUGGGAUUAAUCAAUCUGCUGUUUCGGGUCAGAACGGAGCCGGCUGCCUGUUGAAGUCACAUGAAUGCCUAUGCGUUCAGUUCACUCUACAUUGCCAACAAUUUUUAUGUUUUGUUUUUUUUCCCAGUCGAUGCACAAAUAAACCUCAGCCGCAUUUGGUUGGUGGCAGUCGCCUAAAUGUGAAGAAAGUUGGUUCAUAAACGCAUAAUCAAGCAUUUAAUUUGCUGGUGUGUCACAGAAAUGCUGUAUUCCUCUUUCCCUCCAAAUACUGUCGUUGUGUGAGGACAUUAUCAGACAGACUUUAAACACCAUAUUUGACCAUUUCUCAGUGGUGUAAAUAAUGUCACUGGCCCCUGACCAUACACACCUCUUCACCCUUUUCUUGCUGUUUCAUUCUCUCCUGCGAUGCACUGUGACUGUCACAGAUAUGACGGAUCAGGGCGGUGUGUUUUUAGGUGGGGCGGGAGGCGGGGUGGGAUAAAAAAAAAAAUUUCCAGCUUUAUUAAAAAAAAGAAGAAAAAAAGAAAAGAAACAUGGCUCUCACUUUGUAGCUAGUUGACAUUGUACAAUUGUAUAUGUAUCAUAAAGGUAAGUUAGGGAAAUGUUUUUACAGGUCAUGGUGCUUUGGGAAGUGGCUUGCCUGCAGAAAAAAGUGGUUCAUAUUUUUUUGAAUGUUACGAAGGGGAAGUGAUUUGAGUUAAAAAAAAUGACUCAUUGAAAAAAAAUCCAGUGUGGUGCAAGUUGGUGUUGAACAUUCAUGAAAAUUUUGCAACUUUCUAAUGUGAUGAAUUGUGACAGUGCUGAUUAAAAUAUACUCUGAAUCAGAAAAAAACCCAAACUUAUUGGGUAAAUAAGUUGCCAAACUAAAUGGAAGAACGUACUGUAUGUAUGCCUGUAUUUUGCAUUAACCUCUAUUGACAACAGGGCGAGUUUAUUUGCAAAGCAGAUGCUAGAUCGGAAGCUGUUUUAAAGCUCACGGUUGUGUGUUUCUCUGUAAACUGAGGAGUUGGUUGUUUGGCUUGAAGAGAAAUGAUCGUUGUUCCUGGCUUAUGACGUGUGCUUAGAUUUUCUUUUAAUAACAAAGCUACUUAACACACGUAGCCUCUGUUACUAUGCGGAUUACAGCUGGUCCAAAGCGUCUCUUACGUUUAGGUUGAGGUUUGUCAGUUGCUGUUUUGAAUGAAAUGUAUAAGUGGCCAUAGGCAGCCAGUGUUGUGUCAGUGUGGCUCAUGUUGGGUUGGAGGCUUGUGUGGCAAAGUCAGAGUCAAAUUUGAGCAUGUGAUGAUGUAAGUGUACGGAGCUGGGGGGCUACAGAGGGCACUGACCCAAUGCUCUCAAUCUCCCAGACUGUGAGGCAGGGCAAGUUGUUUGUCUGACCUGGAUAUUAGUCAGGAGUUAACCUCUUUGCGCCAAAUACCGCUCUUCUGCUCUGGCAUCACUCAAUCUACUGAACCAUAACGUCAUAUCAUAACCCCGUCUCCACUCGGUUUCUGUCUCAUAUCCUGUCCUCCGUUUUUGCUGAGAUCCCUCUUUUCCUUCAGCUGUCAUCGUAGGCUCCUGCGCUUCUGACCAAUCAUCCCCUGCUUAUGAUACUGGUUAUAUACUGUAGACUUGCAGACUGAAAUCAUGUUAUCCACAAUUGCAGGUUUAGCAUUCGGACCAGUUAUGUGCAUUCCAUCUUAAACUGUUUUUUGUUUUUGAUAUAAUUUUGUUGUUUUUGAGGGGUUUUUUUAAAUGAAGAUAAAUAUACCAUAUGCAUAUUGACACACAUUCAAAACUCAGAUUACAUAUUCAGAAUUAAGGACCUGAUAUCAUCUCCUGUUGCCCUGUUACAGCACUUCAAAUUGUACUUAUGAUUCUGCAGAUUCAAUAAAAUGUCAUUUUUUCUCAGA